CUCAACCAACUUUCACUGCAGGCUUGUAAGCUCCAAGAAAGGCUUCAGGGUCAAAAGGCUUGGAUAGAAAAAACAUUUUCCAAAAGAGAAUGCAUCUACGUAAUUGCCAAUAGCAAAGACAGCAACAGGUGUUAUUGUGGUCAGCUCAUUAGUCAGCAUGUCCCGCUUCCGCAAAAUGCUACAGCUAACAAAAAUGGGGAAGGAAGCAAGCAGGUGGAAGCUGUGCCUGAGAAAUGGUCAAUUAGUAAGCACACCCAGCUGAACCCUACUGAUGCUUUUGGUAUUCUGGAGUUCCAAGGUGGAGGACAUUCCAACAAGGCAAUGUACAUUCGUGUAUCAUAUGACACAAAGCCUGAUGCUUUGCUACACCUCAUGGUUAAAGAAUGGCAGCUAGAACUUCCGAAACUACUAAUAUCUGUGCAUGGAGGACUCCAGAAUUUUGAAAUGCAGCCUAAGCUGAAACAAGUAUUUGGGAAAGGGUUAAUCAAGGCUGCCAUGACCACCGGAGCCUGGAUAUUCACCGGGGGUGUCAGUACAGGUGUAAUUCGCCAUGUUGGAGAUGCCUUGAAAGAUCAUUCUUCCAAGUCCAGAGGACGCAUAUGUGCCAUAGGAAUUGCACCAUGGGGUAUUGUAGAAAACAAAGAAGACCUUAUUGGAAGAGAUGUCACAAAACCUUAUCAGACAAUGUCAAAUCCCCUGAGCAAACUCUCUGUGCUGAACAACACUCACACACACUUCAUCCUGGCUGAUAAUGGUACAUUAGGUAAAUAUGGAGCAGAAGUUAAAUUACGCCGCCAGCUAGAAAAACACAUCUCUUUACAGAAAAUCAAUACACGGCUAGGGCAAGGUGUGCCAGUGGUGGCACUUAUUGUGGAAGGCGGCCCCAAUGUAAUCUCCAUAGUCUUAGAAUGCUUACGGGAAGAACCACCCAUCCCUGUAGUCGUGUGUGAUGGAAGUGGGAGAGCCUCUGACAUCCUAUCGUUUGCGCACAAGUACUCAGAGGAAGCAGGGAUAAUCAGCGAAUCACUUCGUGAUCAGCUUCUUGUUACCAUCCAGAAAACAUUUAACUACAGCCGGAACCAGGCUCACCAACUUUUCAUUGUUCUUAUGGAAUGUAUGAAGAAAAAAGAGCUGAUAACCGUGUUCCGUAUGGGGUCAGAAGGUCAACAAGACAUUGAAAUGGCCAUCUUAACAGCGCUUCUUAAAGGUACAAAUGCAUCUGCCCCUGAUCAAUUAAGCUUGGCGUUGGCAUGGAACCGUGUUGACAUUGCACGCAGCCAAAUUUUUGUUUUUGGACAUCAGUGGCCGCCUCUAGGAAGCCUUACAGCAGCUGAUGGGUCUGCACAGGAUAAAGAGAAGAGGUCACCUGCUGCUCAAGCUAAAGCACCAAGAGGAAAGGCCAAAGGAAAGAAAAAAGGGAAAGGAAAAGAGGAGCCUGAGGAAGAGACUGAUCCAAGGAAGAUUGAACUUCUAAAUUGGGUGAAUUCUUUAGAACAAGCAAUGAUGGAUGCUUUAGUUCUCGAUCGGGUGGAUUUUGUGAAGCUUCUAAUUGAGAAUGGAGUCAACAUGCAGCGUUUUCUUACUAUCCCCCGACUGGAAGAACUGUACAAUACAAGGCUGGGCCCCCCAAACACCCUCCAUUACCUUGUAAGAGAUGUAAAGAAGGGCAAUCUACCCCCUGAUUACCAUGUCAGCUUGAUCGACAUUGGCCUUGUGCUUGAGUACCUCAUGGGAGGAGCUUACCGCUGUCACUACACCCGGAAGACCUUCCGCACACUCUACAAUAACCUCUUUGGACCAAAGAGGCCAAAAGCUCUUAAACUUUUAGGAAUGGAGGAUGAACCUCCAACGAAAGGGAAGAAAAGGAAGAAGAAAAAGGAGGAAGAAAUAGACAUUGACGUGGAUGACCCAGAGGUUAGCCGGUUCCAGUACCCAUUCCACGAACUGAUGGUGUGGGCCGUGCUCAUGAAAAGGCAAAAGAUGGCUCUGUUUUUGUGGCAGCGUGGGGAAGAAUCCAUGGCCAAAGCUCUAGUAGCAUGUAAAUUAUACAAAUCCAUGGCCCAUGAAUCUUCAGAAAGCGAUCUGGUUGAUGACAUCUCCCAGGACUUAGACAACAACUCCAAGGACUUUGGUCAGUUGGCGGUGGAGUUGUUGGAUCAGUCUUAUAAACACGACGAGCAAGUUGCCAUGAAACUCUUAACCUACGAGCUGAAGAAUUGGAGCAACUCCACGUGUUUAAAGUUAGCUGUGGCUGCCAAACAUCGGGACUUCAUAGCACACACCUGUAGCCAGAUGCUACUAACAGACAUGUGGAUGGGUCGUCUCCGCAUGAGGAAAAAUCCAGGCCUUAAGGUAAUACUGGGAAUUCUUCUACCACCGACCAUAUUAUUCCUGGAGUUCCGGUCACAAGAUGACCUUUCAUUUCACACGUCCAAGGAAUAUGAAGAGGGAAAAGAGAAAGAGGAUGAAAAUAUGGAUGGAAAUGCAGAUGUUAACUCUAGAAAGGGUGAUGAAGAAAAUGGAAAUAGGAAGCAAAGAAGUAUUCCAAUUGGAACAAAGAUUUAUGAGUUCUACAAUGCACCUAUUGUUAAGUUCUGGUUUUAUACCAUUGCUUACUUAGUAUAUUUAAUGUUAUUUAAUUAUAUCAUCUUGGUGAAGAUGGAACGGUGGCCUUCAUUACAGGAAUGGGUUGUCAUUUCCUACAUCUUAACUCUUGCAGUGGAGAAAGUGAGGGAGAUCCUGAUGUCAGAGCCAGGAAAGCUAAGCCAGAAAGUGAAGGUGUGGUUACAGGAAUAUUGGAACAUCACUGAUCUUGUGGCCAUUUCAGUGUUCAUAAUUGGAGCAAUUCUUCGACUACAAAACCAACCUUACAUGGGAUAUGGCAGAGUCAUUUACUGUGUAGAUAUAAUCUUCUGGUAUAUUCGAGUUCUGGAUAUCUUUGGAGUCAACAAAUACCUAGGACCCUAUGUCAUGAUGAUAGGAAAAAUGAUGAUUGAUAUGCUGUAUUUUGUGGUCAUCAUGUUGGUGGUGUUGAUGAGUUUUGGAGUAGCACGACAGGCUAUUCUGCACCCAGAAGAGGAACCAUCUUGGAGACUUGCUCGCAACAUCUUUUACAUGCCUUAUUGGAUGAUCUAUGGAGAAGUGUUUGCAGACCAGAUAGACCCACCCUGUGGUGAUAAUCUGUACGAUGAGGAUGGGAAACGUCUCCCACCAUGUAUUCCCGGGGCUUGGUUAACACCAGCAAUAAUGGCUUGUUAUCUCUUGGUGGCAAAUAUUCUCUUGGUGAACCUACUAAUUGCAGUGUUCAACAACACAUUUUUUGAAGUAAAGUCAAUUUCAAACCAGGUGUGGAAGUUCCAGCGCUAUCAGCUCAUUAUGACUUUUCAUGAUCGGCCGGUUUUGCCCCCACCUAUGAUAAUCUUCAGCCACCUCUACAUUUUUCUGAAGCGCAUUUGUUGUCGUUGCAAGAAGAUCCAGGAAGGGGAACUGGAUGAACGUGACAGAGGGCUGAAGCUAUUCCUAAAUGAUGAAGAGCUGAAGAAAUUGUACGAGUUUGAAGAACAAUGUGUGGAGGAGUAUUUCCAAGAGAAAGAAGAUGAACAGCAGUCUUCCAACGAUGAACGAAUUCGGGUUACCUCUGAAAGAGUUGAGAAUAUGUCCAUGAGACUGGAAGAAGUCAACGAGAGGGAGCAUUUUAUGAAAGCCUCUCUACAGACUGUAGACCUUCGGCUUUCUCAACUGGAAGAAUUGUCGGGUAGAAUGGUGAAUGCUCUGGAAAAACUUGUGGGGAUUGACAAAUCUGAGCUGAUCCAUGUGCGUUCACGUGCUUCGUCUGACUGUGAUGCGGCCUACCUUCUCAGACAAGGCAGUAUAAACAGCUCUGAUGGUAACAGUAUAUACAAAUAUCAUGUGGAAGCAGAUGAACUAACGUGUGAUGAUAGCACAGGCUCCAUUUCACCGGCUUUGAGGAUACGUAGAAAAGCCUAUUCCUUUGGCAUGAAGACUGACAAAGGUGAAGAAGACCAGAGGACACAGUUGGUUCCUCGGCAGGCAAGUCUUCGUUAUGCUUCAAGCUCUAAUGCUGUUGCAACAAAGGACAUCAAUAAAGUAACCUUGGGGAUUGUUUCUCAGGCUACUAGACCUAUCUCUUGCAUGGAUAUUUGGACUCCAGAUGGUAAUAAGCAGCAUAUAAACAAUGAAUGCGUAAGCUGCGAUAAUUUAAAGCAGACGGAUGUGAUUAUGAAUGGACAAUCGGUAGCAGGAAUGACUACUAGUAGCACUGGAUUUAACAACUCCCAUUUAACAGUUGAAAGGACAAAGUUGGAAGCUACAAUAUCUUUCCCUUUGGAAAAGUCUAAAGCUAUGCGAUAUUACCCAGGUGAAUCAUUUAAUACUUGUCAAACAACCAUGACUAAAUCUAGAAGUUUUAUAUUUACGCAAGGUGGAAAACUGGUUGGUGGGGUCAACAACUGGACAGCAGAAUAUAGCACAAUCAUGGAUCAGAUGAGUCCCACUGCAAUGGAAGACUGGACAAGUCUGCAGAAUUAUCAAGCAGAUGUUUCUCAUAAGCAGAGUCCAGAGUUUUCAAAUGUGGUAUCGGACGCCGAGCUCCAAGGUGAACUGAAGCCUUUGUUAACAGACACAGAAGAUGAUAGUGACGUUGGAGAAAUAGGAAACAGUGCCUCUUACCCAUGUUCACCUUUCACCGAAAGGACAGACACGGAAAAUCUGCUUUCUGUGAAACCCGAUAGGACUUAUGGAUUUGCAUCUCCAAGAUCAAAGAGUUUACAUAGUCAUUCAAAAAAAUCUCGUUCCAUAAUGGAUAAAUUGGAGAGACCGGGCCACGCAAGUAGCGUAAUGAACAUUGUAGUGGCAUGUGGAAGUGCAGUAGAGGACACACAAAAUAAACAAGAAAAUGCCUCCACAGAAACAGAGUGUUAAUAGGAAAAUACAUUUCUUAUCACUAUCAAUAAUAUAUAUAGGGGUAAUAAAGAAUACUGAAU